UUACACGAACCGUCGGAAAGAUUUUCGCGUUUUCCACGCGCCCCAUGUGUUUCACCCGAUCGAUUUUCGUUCCCUUUCACCCACCCGAACAAUCGUUUUGCCGGACGGUUUGAAGACGAGUGUGUGUGUGUGUGCCCCUCUCAAAUGGCACCCUCCGUUCAUCCCGAUCCAUCCGAAUCCAGUUUCGCCGAAGUCCGAGGCGCGUUCGUUGUUUGCGUUUUCUUCUCAAAGGCGGCCGCCCAAGCAGCUGUAUACCUAGGCAUCCUCGCGCGCGUUUAGGGGCAAAAGGACUGCUCCUGGACUGCGCUGCUGUGCUUCUGUUUGGUUGCAGUUAGUCGCGUGGUCGCUAGUGGUUCGGUUCUCUUUCCUGUCCGCUCCCGCUUUUUGAGUUUCGAACACAGUUUCGAACACAACACUGUGGCAGUUAUUUAAAUCAAACAACAACUAUCCACCCCCUUUCUAUUUCGUUUUACACCAACACACACACACACCAACUCUGUAAUUAAAGUGCAGAAAGUUGACACCCGGCCAUGAUAUAACCCGUUCCGUUCCUGGAGUGCGCGUCCGGUGGGUCGUAAUCGUAAGCGAUCCCACAUGUGUGAUGUGUCCGUGCGGUGCAUUGGUAGCUACAUUUAACUAUCUUGCCCCCGCUGUCGAUGCUUCAGCGGAAUAUUAAAGCACUGCUGAAAAUAUUCUGCAUCCUGGAAUGAGAGAAGCUGCCCCGAAAAAAAAAAAAACAUCAAAUGACUCGAUCGGGCCAAAAUAAAGAAAAUUAAAGCUAUACAACACGCACGUGGUUACGUGCUCGAGUGUGUUUGGUUCUUGUGACAAAAGUACGUGCGGAUGUGUGUGUGUUGUGCAUCCUGUAGACGAACGGUAAAAAUUGAUUGAUUCGGCAAAUGGGACGUGAAUGUUUAUCGGAUCGAGUGUACACACGCACAAAAGGAAGCGUUCGAGCGGCACGAAGAAAAUUGCCAUCCCUGGUAGUAUUGACACAAGGAAGAGCAAACCGUACAAACACGCGCCUUUUCCACCGGAAGCGGUGGAAAACCAAUAAAAGUUAUCUUCAGAAAACAAUUCCCCGAAACUGAUGCGUUCUUAGUGGUGCUGAUGCUGCUACUGCCGUCUGGUUGCUACGGAUGGUUGGCGGCGGUGUCUAGCGAAUUCGUACGAUUGGGUUGUUAUAAAAGUGAAAGCGUGCGGAAAAAACGGAACGCCUGUUUACUUAUAACUAGUGUGCGUGGAUGGGUGUUCCUUUUUUCUCUAGUCUAGAGCUAAUGAAUAUAGACACCGACAUCACCCGUACUACUAUCGACUACUGGCAAGACGUGCUUGAGGUCGUGUUUGUUUUGUGUGGAGAAGUGAAGCUAAACAAUGUUAUUACAAUUAGAUGGUGCCAUUGAAGUGUCGUCCUCGAUCGAACGUACGCAGCGUAGCAGCAGCCACCAGACAAAGCACCGCAUUCUAGCGGAUGGUCGGAAUGAAGACAUCAGUAGUGUCGGGCUCAACAGAACAGUUCCGAACGCAACUACGCCUACCGGUAUCCGAUCGUACGCACACGUAACCGUUGCAAUGGCACAAGCUAAUGCGAACAGUUCCACGUUGCUGACGGCCCACCUCCCGAAGGCCGUAACACCAACAACACUGGCAGCGUCCACACCCACCGAACAACCUGCCCGAAAGGCAGACAUAUUAAUCUACCCAACAGUGUCACCGGAAACGAUCGUCGUACCGAUCCUGUCCUGCAUCGUGGGGUUUCCCAUCUUCGCCCUGCUCGUCAUCUGCUGCUUGCGCCGCCGUGCAAAGAUUGCUCGGGAACGUGACCGGCGGCGAAAUUUCGAUCUAAAGGCCAACACCAUUACGCUGGUACGCUUCAAUUCGCACCACCUCGGCAAUCAACGCUCUAUCCUGCUCCAGUCUGGUGACAGUUUGAGUCGUGGAUAUCCGUCUCUCGAUCUGGACACCGUUUACGAGGAGAAGAGCGACACGCACUGCAGCAGUCAGUUUGACUCUACAGCCGCGCAUAUACUACUGACGGACUCACCGCCCGACACGGACAACGAACAGUGCUAGCAGUCCGAGAGUCCGGUCCGUUCGCGGGCUACUAGCCCGGAGCAGACCGGCCCGCUACUGCCCGUACGUACCAACACGAUCACUGGGACGAUCGCCACGGCGGCGUACGGUGCGUACGGAAAAGAUCGGGACGACACAGUGCUGGAUCUGGUGCGGGGCAAACGGAAGCGGUUCCGGAACACCAAACACAAACGCUUGGCCGUAUCGCACAGUGAAACGAAUCUUAGCCGGCUGGAACGUAAUGCGACCGAUCGAAGUCCAGCUCGAUCGCGGGACGGUUUGAGUAGUGGCUGUAGCAGUUCCACCAACACAAACACCAGCCUCGACGAGACGGGUAAGGACGGCAGACAGUCCAAGGGUAGGUAUGGGUCGAGAAAGAAAGCACCACGUGUCCAGCGGCAGAAGGAGGUGUGCGAAGGGAUAAGGGCUCCGCUCUGGACCACACUGACCCAUGCACAGACAAUAAGUGACUAUGAAAUCUAGACAUCUUCCUCUUUGUCGCAUUCACCCGAACUGAUAUGGAAGAUGGUCCAGCAUGGCCAAAGCAGCAGCGGCCAACACUCGGCGCGAUGGGAGUAUUAUGGACUGGUAGUUAGCAACACGUGCUAGAUUUCAUACAGCCAAACAGCAACUUUACACGAAACACAAACACCGGUAGAAGAUUAAAGGAUAAAUUAAAGGUUAAACUUUGUUAAUUAUUAAACAUUUUUGGUAAGACUAAACCACCUAAGUAAAGUCACGGGUCAAAGUGUCCGCAGCAAACGCGGUAUGAUUGAAAUGAGAUUAAGCAAUAAAAGCAAGAGAAACGUAACGGGUUAGGACAAGUUAUUACAGCUGUAGCUAAAAUUGUUGAAACAUUUAACAAAUUGCAGAUAAACUUUAAUACAGUGGGUCUUACAAUCAACCGGACGGAAACAUAGCCACAAACCAGCAGUAUGCUAGUAAGAAAUGAGGACAAAUAAUCCUGCUAAUCGUUUGAUUAUACACAUGUGCAACAGUAGCUAUACAUAUAUAUACCCAUACAUAUAUAUAAACGUAUAUUCCACGGUUGAAAUGAUAUAUCUAUACAAUUUCAUUUGCGCUACAUACGAUUUGUAUUCUAUCAAUAACGGUUUCCGUACAAUUUUCGGCGUGCUGCUUGUUCGUAUUGUACAUUAAAAUAGAGUGGCAAGGUUUAAAAGAAGAAAAAGUAUGGCAAUAGCACGGUGAGACUUGAUACAAUAUACAAAUUUAAAAAAAAA